AUGGAUCACCAGAACACGUGGUCAAGGCUCCACGUGUGGCUCCCUAGAACACGUGAUCAAGGCUCCACCUGGUGGCACACCAGAACACGUGGUCAAGGCUCCACGUGUGGCUCCCUAGAACACGUGGUCAUGGGUCCACGUGGUGGCUCAUCAGAACACGUGGUCAUGCCUCCACGUGGUGGCUCAUCAGAACACGUGGUCAAGGCUCCACGUGGUGGCUCACCAGAACACGUGGUCAUGGCUCUACGUGGUGGUUCCCUAGAACAAGUGGUCAACGCUCCACGUGGUAGCUCCACAGAACACGUGGUUAAGGCUCCACGUGGUGGCUCCCUUGAACAAGUGGUCAAGGCUCCACGUGGUGGCUCCACAGAACCCGUGGUCAAGGGUCCACGUGGUAGCACACCAGAACAAGUGGUCAUGACUCCACGUGGUGGCUCACCAGAAAACGUGGUCAUGCCUCCACGUGCUGGCUCACCAAAACCCGUGGUUAAGGCUCCACGUAGUGGCUCACCAGGACAAGUGGUCAUGGCUCCACGUGGUGGCUCACCAGAACCCGUGGUCAAGGCUCCACGUGGUGGCUCCCUAGAACAUGUGGUCAAGGCUCCAAUUGGUGGCUCCCCAGAACAACUGGUCUAG